CACAACAUAUAAAAGUUAAUUCCCCAACUCCAACAAUAAUAUAAUAAAAACUGUAUAUCAAAAUUUUCAUCAAUAGCUUUUAUAUUUAAUCGAGAAUUCAUUAAAAACUCUUUAUUUUAAAAUGUCUCACAGUGACAGUGAAAUAAAAAGUACAGAAAUUGAAAAGUUAAAGAAACAUCCAUUUAAAGUUAAACCGAGGCUUCAAUCUGAUAUAAAAAAAAUAAAAUUGCGAUUACUCAAUGAAAAAUAUCAAUUGAAUUUAAUUGCUGCUGUUUCUUUGAACGAUAUUGAAAGAGUUAAACGAUUAUUAGAUAUAGGAGUGAGCCCUGAUAGCACCGAUAAUUUAAAAAGGAGUGCUCUUCAUAUUGCGGUAACAAAAGGAUACAAACAUUUGGUGGAGUUGUUAUUGUCGAGUGGUGCUAACCCCAAUAUAAGAGAUUCAAUACAAAACACACCAUUACAUUUAGCCGCAUGUACAGUUAAUUUACCAAUAAUCCAAUUAUUGUGUAGCGCAGGGGCUGAUAUACAAUCGUUGGAUUUAAGAGGAAAGAACCCGCUUAAUUUGGCUGAAAGUAAAUUACACAUAUUAAAGAAUAGUUGGAAAGAGGGAAUUAUUGAAAUGAAAUUACUUUGUAGUCAAUUACAAGAGAUUGUGGAUAUUUUAAUUGAAAUGAGAAAGCAACAAAAUAAACAAGAAAAUUUACAAUUUGCUAAAAAAGGGGAUGUCUUUUCUGAUUUGGAGGAGCUAAAAAAUGCGUUAAGUGAUGAGGGUAACUCGCAAGUUGAUAACCAAAUGGAUAAAAUACUAUGUGAAUUACAACAUUUUAAUCUUAAGUAGAUCUUAUUAAUAAUAAUAAAUAUUAAUUAU